AUGACGACGGCGACGCGCGCGUGCGGCGCGCCGUGCGCCGCUCGCGCGGGCGUCGCGCCGAGGACGCGCGCGCAAUGCGCGUUCUCGAGGGAGACGUCCGCGAGAGCGACGGGCGUCGGGGGGUGGAGCAACGGCGCGAGGAACGCGCGCGCGAGCGCGGUUCGAUGCGUCGCGCGUUCCAAGCCGCAGAACGGCGGUGUCGCGGAGAGCGCCGCUGCCGCCGGCGCGGUGCGCGCGGGCGCGGGGAAGCCGCAGCUCACGACCGCGCGGUCCGCGAUCGCGGACACGAACCGCUCCGUGAACGCGAGCCAGGACGACUCGUCCUCGAACUUCCGCGAGCCGAGCGUCACGCCGAUCGCGGAGAAGAAGCCGAGGCGAAAGGCGCUCACGAAGGGCGAGCGCGAGGCGCAGGGCGAGUCGUACGAGUGGGCGGCGUGGGUGAGCACGUGCGGGAUCACCUCGAUCGCGAUAACGGCCACGUAUCUUCGGUUACUCCGCGAAGUCACCGACAGCGGCGCGUUCCCGUGGUCCGAGCUCAUCGCGCAGGUGGCGCUCAUCGCGGGCGCCGCCGUCGGGAUGGAGUUUUACGCGAGGUUCGCGCACAAACACCUGUGGCACGACUCGUGGUGGACCAUGCCGCAGUCGUGGCGCGCGGACUGGAACCGCCCCAUCUGGCUCCUGCACGAGUCGCACCACCUCCCGCGCGAGGGCGCGUUCGAGGCGAACGACAUCUUCGCCGUGAGCAACGGCGUCCCCGCGUUCGCGCUCUGCGCGUACGGCUUCGUGACCCCCGGCGUCUUCGGCGGAUUGUGCUUCGGCGCCGGCCUCGGCAUCACGCUUUUCGGCAUCGCGUACAUGUACGUCCACGACGGCAUGGUCCACAAGCGGUUCCCCACGGGCCCGCUGGGGAAGAAUAAGUACCUCCGGCAGAUCGCCGCGGGGCACACGAUCCACCACACGGAGAAGUUCGACGGCGUGCCGUGGGGUUUGUUCCUCGCGACGCAGGAACUGAGCGCGGUGCCCGGGGGAAUGGAGGAGCUCGCGACGGUGCUCGAGGCGGCGGAUCGGAAAGCGGCGCGGGAGGAGGAGGAGGCCAGGGCGCUCGCGGCGAUGGGCGGGAGCGUCGACGAGGGAUGCGAGGAGGGGGACAUCUGCAUCGCGGAUCAGCCGAUCUUGCGCGUCGCGGAGCACAUCCCGAGCCAGAACGAAGCGCCGGCGUGCGUGCUCCCGCCCAAGUCGCGGUGA